UAGACGAAGAAGAGGAGCAUGAGCGAUUCUUACUCCCAAGUACGCAUGCGCGAACAUUUAUGCUACUUGCAAUUUAAAAAGAAGCGACUCAGGUUGAUUUAUUUUUGUCCAAGGUACUCUUCUUUUCUUCUUCUUUUUAUUUAUGUAUUUAUUUUUAAAAACAUUUUAGCUUAAAAAACCGCUGCAAUGAACGCGGCAGUUGUAAGAAAGACGCAAGACUUGCUUGGAAAGGUGAUAAAGAAACCACCGCUGACUGAAAAACUGCUCAGCAAACCACCGUUUCGAUACCUGCACGACAUCUUCAGUGAGAUCAUCAGAACUACUGGUUUCAUGAAAGGCCUGUACAAAGACAGUGAAUUAAAGUCAGAUAAUGUAAAGGACAAAGAGACUAAGAUAGCCUUCCUUCAGAAAGCAAUAGAUGUCGUGAUACUCGUCAGUGGGGAGCCCCUUGCAGCAAAGCCGGCACGUAUUGUGGCUGGCCACGAGCCCGAGAAGACCAAUGAGCUGCUGCAGGCUAUUGCCAAGUGCUACCUCAACAAGUUGUCCAGUGAAGAGGCAGUGAAACGAGUACUCUCUGGGGAGAAGGUGGACUUGAAAACUAAGGCCACAUCUAAGUCCCAAGACAAAGAGAAUCGAGAGGGACGUGAACAUCAGACAUUGGAAAGAGAGGAGAAGAAGAAGCUCGAGCGCAGCGGGAGCAGAGAAGACAAGGCCCCGGAUCAGCCCAGAGAGCCAGAGAGAAAUCGUCGAGAUGGCGAGCGAGACCAUCGCCAUGACAGGGAGCAUCCCGGCAAGAACCACCGGCGUGAACAGGACCACACCAAAGACGGUGACCAAGACAAGAGCCGCGAGCGAGCGCAAGACAAGGAUAGAGACAAAGGCAGAGGAAAAGACAGAAACAAAGAGAAGGAUAAAGACCACGAAAGAGAUAAGGACAAGAGUCGAGAUAGAGACAGAAUCAGAGAAAGAGAUUCUCAAAGGGACCAUGAAAAAAGCAAGGACAAACGAUUAGAACGAGACAAAGAGGCAGAACGAUGCAAAGACAAAGAAGACAAGAACAGAAGUGAAGAGAGAGAGAGUAACCACAAGGAUAGAAUACCAGAAGUACAACAAAAACCCACUGAGGAAGAGCCCAGAAAAACAGCCAAACCUGUGCCAGCUGAACCAGAGCAAGCUGAUGAGACCAUCUCACAGUCCGGUAGUCCAGCAAGAAUACCUCGGCCUUCUUCUGCCAAAGGACAAAGGAGGAAACCUAGAAUUACAGGGCAGGAUGAAUCUGACAGUGAGGGGGAUGCUGAUGCCCCCAAGGAAAGAGGAAAUGCUGCAGGUCCCUCAUUUCCAUCUGAAAUGACCUCCAGCAGUAAGCGAAUGGCGCGGCCCAGCAGCGCUCGUCCGGCUCCUCCUCGAGCAAAGAAACAGGAGAGCUUCACUGAUGGGGUUCCAACUGAGAGGGUUUCUAGUGCUAAGUCGUCAGUCAUUAGAGAGGGGAAGAAGCUGUCUGAUGAUGAGGAUGAGGAAGAUGAGCAGUUUCUUGUGGCAGAGGCGGCCCCUGAACCUGCAAAUACUCUUGAGAAGGAAUCUCCACAAGACCUCAACAGUGAUGAAAAACAUGGUGGACUCGUGAAAAAGAUCCUUGAGACCAAAAAAGACUAUGAGUCGUCACCAUCCUCCAUUAAAUCUAAAGAGACGCUGGUGUCAGACGAAGCCCGGAAGAAAGAGCAGGACCUGGUCACGCGAGAGGUGGAGCGGCUGCGUGCGUCCAUCCAGUCGGUGUGUCAGAGCGCGCUGCCUUUGGGGAAGAUCAUGGACUAUGUGCAGGAGGACAUAGACGCCAUGCAAGCAGAGCUGCAAAGUUGGCGGAAGGAGAACAAGGAACAUGCGCAGGCUUUGCUGCAGGAGCAGAAAGCGACAGACUGGGCAUUAGAACCUCUUAAGGCGGAACUUUAUGAACUAGACCAAAUGAUCAAGGAUUACCAGGACAAAAUUUGUGCAGUGAGGUCCAACAUACUAAGAAAUGAAGAGAGGAUUCAGAAGAAGUUGACUGGAAUCAUCUCCAAUUCAACCUGAAGUGAGAAGUCUACAAGCUUCAUUUAAAAAUACUGAGAAAAAGGGUGUAUUUUGUGGCUAUAAAAUAUAUAACAACUCUUCAUUCUGUUAUGAAUAGCCACGUUUAGUUCAGGACUGUUGUACAGGGUGCAAUUUUUUGCAUCUUUGUUAAAAGUUGAGCCCAUUACACACAGAGGUACAUACAUAUCAACUUUUGUAACAAUUGUCGUAGUACCGUGACUGACCCGUGAGAGGCAGCAUAGUGCCACAGGGCAACCUCGCUGCCAGACAAUGCAAAGAAGAAGUAGACUUAGGAUAAGAAAUGGAAGAAGCUUUGCUUAUCUGGUAAGAACAUUGUGGUUCCUACAAACUCUUCUCUUUCCCAUACCACCAUUUGGCACCCUACCCUUGGCAUACCAACCACUAGCUGUACGUACACUGUUUAUUGGUUGAAGUUUUGAUGUAGGGGGAACUCUGUUAGCACUAUCAUUAGUCCGAACAUUACUGUUCAGAGUGGUGUUGAUUGUACACACUUUGCCCAACUCUAAAAUAUUCCGAUGGUUAUUUCAAGACAUGCUAUUGUGUUGGUGUUUAGCACCAUACAGUACUUAGACUGGUUGUGCUUCUUUAGUUUCUCUCUAUGGCUUCAUGGCUUCCUUUUUCUUAAGCAUGAACUUUGUUAGAUAUUGAAGUUCAUUAAGUGGAACGAUCUCUCUGAUCUCUGAAGUUAUGGGAAGGUUGAAGUCAGGAAUGUCAUCUUCCCAUUAAAACCUACGACAUAACUUUAUCCAAGAAAAAAGUUGGAAGAUUUGAAAUAAUUUCCUAAAGAAACGUGAAUCAAUGCAACAAAUAGGUCGCAAGCUAUUUUUGUAUCCGUUGCCAAUCAUUUUAAAUACCAACAGAUUACUUGUGGGCAGUCACCUUUUAAUGCUGUCUGUCAUUUUGCAUUGACCACACAGGCAUUAAAGUCAAUUAGAUUUCUUAUAAAUUGGUGGAAAAAAUGCUGAAAGAUGGAAGAGAGAGAGGACGAGCGGGGCGCAAAGCCCCACCCAAGCUCCAACAAGGAACUGCAGGGCACAGACCAUGACAAAAGAUGCAUCUAUUUAAUUCUUUCUUUGCUUCAAGUAGAGAUAACAUCAGUUGUGAUUGACGAAAAUCGAAAAUAGUCCUAAAUGUAUACAUUGUGUUGUGCAGAUAGUGAUUUAGCAUUUGCCCAUAUAGAUUGACAAAUGUUGGUUAUUGGUUGGUUGGUUCCCAUUUACUCCUAUUCUAUUAUGUUGCCUUUGAGGAGGCCUGAAUCUGUGGGCUUCUUAUGUUUUCAAACUUGGACACACUGCACACUCUUAACAUCACAAGUCUAGAAUACCCCAAAAUGAGCAAUAAUCAGUGUCGUAUGGUACACUUUUCUUCCAUUUUUGAGAUUAUUUUUAUCCAGUUAUGAGAUCUUUAUGAAUGUAUACACUUGGAUCUCAGUACCGAAAAGACAACUCCAUGACCUCGUUGCUUAGAAUUGGUCUCUCUUGCACUUCCAAGUAGCUGAGCUGCGGUGAUGUUUUACGAAAUGUUCUCUCAUAUUUUUUCCAUGUCAAAACAUUUCAAACAUAUCAAUUGUAUCUUCUUUUCCAAAUAUUAUAUCACUUUACGCACCCUUUCAUUCAACAAUAGUUUUACAUUAUGUUCGUAUCGUGUUUGUUUGCGGGUCCAGUUUUCAGGCACAGCUGCACUUUGAUGUAUGUAAAUAGUGAAGGUAGUGUUUUGAAUAUGUUGUUUUGCUUUUUUUUUAAUGGAGUGUUAGUCUAUUAACAUAUGAAUGAAAUGUGCUUUAAGGGAAAGUUAGGCACCAUCAUGGGAAUGUUAUUACCGUAGUUGAAAAACUAUCAUAUAUGUACAUUUAUGUUCAAAUACAACACCGUUGACAUGUUUAAUUGAAGGGGAAUAACAUUAUUAUUAUAAUUUUACCACUGUUUGUUUUUAUAAAUACUCUCAGGUCACAGAUCCAAGUAAUUGAAAUGUUCACUGACAUAAAUAGUCAACUCUUCUUUGUGACCCUAUUGUUUUUACAUUUAAUGAAUGACAAAUUGUAUCUCCUAAUACAAUGCUCUAAAAUGUUGAAAUAUAAGCAUUCACGUAGAGGAGGUGUUCGGUUUACAGUUUCUUGCAAUUUGUAUAUAAAUCGGAACGUGCCGUAAUAUGUCACUAAUCUAUGCUAAUGUAAAGUCAUAUUACAUGAAAUAUAUGCCGACGUACCUGGAGAAAACCCACUUAAGCAUGGGGACGUUCUCUGGGUGCGCCGGCUUCUUCCCACAUUCCAUCAACAUUCUAUUAAGUCUAAUCGUCCGUAGGUGUAAUUGUGAGUGCGAAUGGUCGUUUGCCCUGCGCUCGACUGGUGACCACUCAGGGGUGUACCCUACCCCCCACCUCUAAGUAGGCUCGGACAGGCUCCAGAUCAAUCCUGGCUUGAAAAUAGAAAUGGAAUGGAUGGAUGAGAAACUGCAGUAAAAUAUGGUAAUACAACCAUGUACUCAUGAGAUUGUAAACAUGGCCAAAAGAUGAAUGGUGUUUUGAUUUGUAAUCAUGCAUCUACACCACAUUUUCACAUUGUUCAACGCAGCAGUGAUUACUAUAUACAAAACCUCUUGUUGUUGUUAGAUCAUAAGUUAUAUGUACAUGGGCAGUACAAAGAAUAGCUAGUGUAUUGAAAAUAACUAUUUACACUGUAUAUUCUGUGGAUGUGGAGAUUGUAUUAUAGCUCAUAAUUUGAUGGUUUUUGUAGUGAAGUACAAUAAUAAAUGGCUGCCAUAAGUA